CUUACCAACAGCCAAAUUCUUCCUUACAACACUCUAGAUUGUGAACCCCUGGCGAAUUGCUCUAGCAGAGGAGGCUCUUGCAAGCAGACCUGUGCAGCCAACGAAACUGAAGUACCGAAUGGGUGCACGGGAACAAACUGCCUGUGUUGCAUCCCCACAGCCAACAUUCCUGUCUGCGUAGCUAACCAGACAACUUGCGAUGGCACAUGUAUGGACUCCCAAACUUGCGAUCAAGAGAUUACUAACAUGACAUGCAAUGGGACCAACUGCAAGUGCUGCCGCGAUUGCAAACCUCUUCCAGUUUGCCAAAAUUUGUCCGGUGAAUGUAGUUUUAUACCAACGGGUGUAUGUCCAACUGGUCGAGUCAAGAUUCCGAAUGGGUGCUCCGGCGUCGACUGCACAUGCUGCGUCGGAACGUCUGGGUUGCUGAGCUGUCCGGUAUCACCAGGUUGCUCCGGGAGAUGCAGAGACGCGCGUGUGUGUCCGGUGGUGAUGACGGGUUCAUCCUGCGAUACGCAAGGGUGCGCAUGCUGCCUCGACUGCACCGACAACUCCUGCGCGCAAAACAACGGUACAUGUCGCGAGAGAGGAACCUGUCUAGCCAACGAAACCCUGCUAAACGGCAACCAUUGCAGCGGGAAUAGAUGUGUCUGCUGCAAGAGAAAUUGAAUUUGAGAAACGGUGAACGAGCUUGCUGCAUUACUAAAUUCAAGUGAACUUUAUUCUUCACAUCAACUGCACGAGAUCAUAUGACAAUGUAGACACUGACACCAAAUCCAUAUGUAAAUUGUCAACACCUUCGCUGUUUUUUUUUUAUGGUUUAUUCUUUCGAGUCAUAUGCAAUGCCAGCGGCGAGGUUUGUCAUAUAUCUUUUUUUGUAUACAUUUGAUUAUGCAUUUAUAGAUUUACGUGACAAUUGUAUUUUUUUUUUUUUUCUCUUUUCUUUCCACUUCUUUGCUGCUUUUUCUUGAUAUAUACGUAUACAA